GACACUAGUCUAACUAAUUUAUCAGGUGGAUAAGUAACAACAGCGUUAUUAUUGAAGGCAGUGUGCACCAGGUUUGUUUUCACUAAUUUGUGUGUGAGCACGACUCGGACGUUCCAAUUAGAAACACGAACAACACCCAACAAAAUGACUGAAAUCUACAAAAUCUACAAACAAAUGAUCGAACGGCCAACGGAGCCGGGAUUUCAUAAAGUAAACGGCUUCAACAGUCCGAAAAUAAGCUACUCGAUGAUCCUCAAUUUUAUGGCCAAAAACGCCGAACGACAAGCGAAACCGCCCAAAAAAGAGUAUCUCGACGAGGACAUUGAUUUUGUGCAGAUCAAGACAGCGUUGGUGUACACCAAACUAAUGUGUCUGAUCAUGGAAAAGGGACAGUCGUACACAGCCGACCGAAUAUCGGUUGUAGCGGUCAUCGAUUCGAAAAGGAAAGAAUUUACGUCGGUCGUGUGCAAGCGAUGCGAAGGUCGCCAGUGUGACCAUGUUGUCGCCUUCCUAUUUUGGAUGUAUCGACGAUCCAACGAACCGAAUUCUGAUCGGCCGGCAUUUUGGGGGUGUAAUCCACCGACUGAGCUGAUCUCCAUGCCACUCAAGCAACUCUACCACAUUUCGCAGAAAUUCGAAGACUCGGACGAUGUGAAAAGUUGCUCGGACGACGUACUAAUGGAAGAACCUGACGACAGUUCACAAGUUUUCUUGGACAAGUUUUUGGACAAUUUGAAGGAAAACGGGCAAACGGAUUCGCCAGUCUACCGAAUGCAUCGUCACGUCGACGAACCGUAUCAGAACACCUUCCUGUACUACAUCAUGAACAAUGCCGAUCAGUACCAGAUAACGCAGUACAAGCAUCUACUGAUGCAUCUGCAGAGUGUCAUCAAAUCGGAUGUCAUCGACAAGAUUCAAACGGAGACGAGCACACAGUACAAAUCGCGUCUGUGGUUGGAACUGCAGUACGGCCGCAUUCGAUGUAGCAUUUUGAACGAGGUGGCUAGCUGGAAAACGGAACAAGAUGUGGCCGAAGCAAAAAUUCUGGGCACGUAUCGCAUACCUCGUGAGGAGGAGUACCUGAAACGGAAGCAGCGCAAGCGAUCGAUACUCGCCGAAAUAUCGAAAUGCUACAAGACGAACAUCCAGCAUUGUGGUCUGCUGUUGGAUCUGGCAUAUCCGUUCUUUUGUGCCACACCGGAUGGCCUGAGUGACGACCUUGUGGUGGAAAUCAAGAUGCCGUCGACACAAGUGGAAUACGCAAAGUAUUUGGUGAACAACGAAACGAUUCCGCCGAAAUACUUUGCCCAAAUUCAAAUGCAAAUGUUUCUGGCCAACCGGCUGAAGGCACUGUACUGUGUGGUGGCACCCGAUUUUGCGAAAAGCGGUGCGGUGGAGUACAUCAAUGUGGAUCUGAACAAGACAUUCAUCGAACCGCUUUUCGCCAAAGUGGAGGACGUGUGGAACAAGUUGAUAUUUCCGAUUAUUCAACGGAAUGCCGCAGAGAAAGUAGCGUCUUAAUGUACAGCCGGUACCCCGAAGGUUCAAUAAAUUUGUUUUUAAAUAUUUUUCAUUCAAA